AUGCCAAUACCGUUGAAUGAAAAUGAAAUAUUUCCGGUAACAUUAGAAUAUUUACCAUAUCGGAAAGAUGAUAGUUUCUAUGCUGCUAAUUUUAUUGACAUAUGGUAUUUUUCUCGACGAGGCUAUAUCUCUGCAAAAGUUGAUAUACGUGGCACUGGCGGAUCGGAAGGUAUAAGAGUUCCGAAAGAAUAUAGUGACAUUGAGCUGGAUGAUGGUGAAGAAAUCAUACGCCAAUUGGCUAUUUACCCCCGAAGCAACGGAGCUGUUGGCAUGUUAGGCUUAGGAUGGUCGGGCUUUAAUUCAUUGAUGAUGGCUACAAUGCGUAAACCGCCGGCACUCAAAGCAAUCUAUGCAGCACAUGCUAGCGAAGACCUGUACUACAAUGAUGUACAUUAUAUUGAUGGUGUGCUUCAUGAAGAUGAAUAUAUCUUAUCUAUUGACCAUGAAAAUGCAUUGCCUAGUUCGCCGUUGUAUUCAGUUGACAAUGACUAUAUCAGUAAUCGUUUUUUACAAUACCCAUGGAUGGAUUUAUACCUUCAAUAUCAAAAUGAUAAUGUUGAAUUUUGGCAUGAACAUUCUAUUAUGUAUCAUUAUGAAAAUUUAACAAUACCUUGUUACUUAGUUAGCGGACUAUAUGAUAGUUAUCGUGAUGCUGCAUUUAAUAUUUAUACAAAUGUCAAAGCACACAAUCAAAAAGUGAAACUAGUAGCAGCACCUGUAACACAUACUAUGCCAGAAGAUCAGACUCCAGGACCCGGAUAUGAUAGUAACAGUGACAUCGUUAGCUGGUUCGAUUAUUGGUUAAAAGAAAAGAAUACAGGUGUGAUGGAACAGCCAGAUUUAACAAUUUAUGUGCGAAAUACAACACUGUCACCAACAGAAUCAAUGAACAAACCGAUCCCCGGUGAAUAUCGCUACGAAACGACAUGGCCAAUUGAAAGAAUACAAUUAAAAAAAAUGUACUUAAUUAUGGGAAAGAUGUUGUCAAGCCAACAACCAGCAUCUAAUUCAAGCAUGCCAGACGAACUAGAAUAUAUGCCAUGGAUCGGUGUGCAAUCAAGAACUGGAUGGGGUGGCUUGACUGGUGAUCAAAGUGAGUUAGAUAAGUAUGCACUUGUCUAUGACAGUGAAAUAUUGAAUAAAACAAUUGAAAUCGUUGGAUUUGUUAACGUGACAUUAGAAGUGAGCACGAAUGUAACACAAACUAACUGGAUUGUACGUCUUGAAGAUGUACAUCCAAAUGGUGAAGUGACACUUGUUACCGGUUCAUUGAGAAAUGGAGCUCAAAUCAACGGACGCCUUCUACCUCGAUAUUUAACACCAAAUCAAAUGUAUACAAUAACACUGUCACUACACUUCACCACCUGGACUUUUCAAUUGAAACAUCGACUUCGAGUAUCCAUUUUGAAUUCCUAUUUUCCAGCUCUAUGGCCAUCACCAUUUCCAAUGAAAACAAAAUUAUAUUUUGGUACAAUUGAUCUUCCUGUUAUCCCGUCCAAUAAUAUGGAUUUUUAUGUAACACCUGAUUUCACACAACGGCAACGUGUUCCAUCUGAUCUUCCAAUUAUAUCUGAUCGAACUCUUUUGCUAGAAGGGAACAAAACUUAUAUGACAAUAGAAAACACUGAAGAAAUGACGACAACUGUCAGUUAUACCUCUUAUGUAUAUCAAUCAAUAAAAGAUUUUUAUGUAGCUAGUCAACUUAGAUGGAAUUUAACAGUGCACCACUACGAUGCAUCCAAUGUAACAUGGACAGCAAUGGCUAAACAAAUCUACGUGUGGAAUAUCUAUCCCAACAUUACAAUGUGCUCUUCAACAGAAAGCGGUUUAUCAUCAUCAUGUUUGCAAAUCAAUGUGUUAUCUGGUUAUCCAACACUUGAUUUAACAACUCGUCGUUCUUUAGAAUUACAAACAUCACUGUCAAUUAAUUCUGAUCAAAAUAAUUUUUAUACAAAUACAAAACGCACAUUAAUGCAAAAUGGUACACAAACAUUAGUUAAUCAAUUCAAACAAACACAUCCAAGACAGUUUCAAUAA